CCACAAACUAUAAAUUUUUUUUUUAUCAGUUUCGUUCCAAAAGAAACGCUUUUUAAUAUCAAAAUAAUCAGAAGUGACUUUCAAGAUGACCAAACUUGUUUUUCCUGUUAUACUAAUCUGUGUUGUUUAUGUUGCAGAUUCAUUUAGAAUUGAUUCUAAUGAAGAUUUGACUUUCACAACAGACGGAUAUUUGACAAAAACGGAAAAGAUUCUAGGAUGUGAAGAUGUAGGGGGAAAUCAAGACUGCUCCCAUAAAAAAAGAAUUUGCACAAAUAAGCCGGAUAAGAAAUCGGAGUAUGUUUGCGGUCCUUGUAUUGAAGGAUAUAGAGAAGAUACAGACACGACACUAUGCAUAGAGAUUUUUGGAUGUAGAGAUGAAGGGGGAGAUGAAGACUGCUCCGAUAAAAAAAGAAUUUGCACAAAUAAGCCGGAUAAGAAAUCGGAGUAUGUUUGUGGUCCUUGUAUUGAGGGAUAUAGAGAAGAUACAGACACGAAACUAUGCAUAGAAAUAAUUCAUGAGUGCAAAUAUACUGACUGUACAGGAAAAAAUACAAAAUGUGCAGCAAAUGGUAUCUAUUAUAAUUGUGAGUGCUUAGAAGGAUUUAGACCAAAAGAUGAAGCAAAGAAAGGACUAAAGGAUGCGGAUUGCAUUGAAAUAAUUCAUGAGUGCAAAGACACUGACUGUACUGGAAAAAAUACAGAAUGUGUAGCGUAUGGCAACAAGUAUACUUGUGAGUGCAUAGAAGGUUUUAGACCGGAAGAUGAAGCUAAAAGAGGACAAAAGAAUGCGGAAUGCAUUGAAAUAAUUCAUGAGUGCAAAGACACUGACUGUAUUGGAAAAAAUACCGAAUGUGUAGCGAAUGAUAACGGGUAUAUUUGUGAGUGCGUAGAAGGUUUCAGACCGAAAGAUGAAGAUAAAAAAGGGCGAAAAAAUGCGGAAUGCAUUGAAGAUAUUUAUGAGUGCAAACCCUAUGACUGUACUGGACAAAAUACGGAAUGUGAAGCAAAUGGGAAAGAGUAUACUUGUGAGUGCAAAGAAGGUUUCGUACCCAAAGAUGAAGCUAAAAAAGGGCAAUGGGAUGCAGAAUGCAUUGAAGAUAUUUAUGAAUGUAAACCCUAUGACUGUACUGGACAAAAUACGGAAUGUGAGGCAAAUGGGAAGGAGUAUACUUGUGAGUGCAAAGAAGGUUUCAAACCCAAAGAUGAAGCUAAAAAGGGGCAAUGGGAUGCAGAAUGCAUUGAAGAUAUUUAUGAAUGUAAACCCUAUGACUGUACUGGACAAAAUACGGAAUGUGAGGCAAAUGGGAAGGAGUAUACUUGUGAGUGCAAAGAAGGUUUCAAACCCAAAGAUGAUGCUAAAAAGGGGCAAUGGGAUGCAGAAUGCAUUGAAGAUAUUUAUGAGUGCAAACCCUAUGACUGUACUGGAAAAAAUACGGAAUGUGAAGCAAAUGGGAAAGAGUAUACGUGUGAGUGCAAAGAAGGUUUCAAACCCAAAGAUGAAGCUAAAAAAGGACAAAAGAAUGCGGAAUGCAUUGGUAAGCAAAUUUUCUAAUUAAUACGAGUUACU